GGUUCACCCAGCGUUAGCUUGCUCCUUCGGUGGUGUUUUGGUCCAGUUGGCGCUGCUCCUCACUCGCCAAAAUGACAGCGAGGAAGUCUGGCUCACGACUGGAGACAGAGAUAGAGCGAUGCCGCUCGGAGGCCCAGUGGGAUAAGAUUCCAGAGUUGGUGCGACAGCUCUCGGCUAAACUGAUAUCAAACGAUGACCUGGGUGAGCUGCUGUUGGGUGAAUGUAAGCUGCAGACGUACCUGAAGGAGAAUCCCAUCAAGCAAGGUACAAGUCCCAGGGUCCAACGGCCAAAACUGCUGGAGGUCAGGAAGCAUCUCACUGCUGCUCUGGACAGAGGAAACCUGAAGCCGGAUUACAUCCAGGAAGCCAGCCUGUUAAUGGCCAAACUGUGCUAUGUGGAGGGAGAAUACAAAGAUGCUUUAGGGCACUACAGCAAGGUGAACCUGGAUGAUAUGCAGCUGGCUGGAGCUCCUGUGUACAGGCUGUCUAUGAUAGCAGAGUCUUAUGCGACUAAAGGUUUGUGCCUAGAGAAAGUCCCAGCUGCUUCGCCGUCUCUAUCCAAUAAGAACGCUGGGUCUCCGGCGUCCAACAGAAGCAUGACCGAGCGGGAGCAGGAGAUCAUCACCUGCUACGAAAAGUCUGGAGACAUCGCUUUGCUCUAUCUGCAGGAGGCCGAGAAGGCGUUGUCAGCAGGGAUUCAGAACCGCAGUCCAAAGCCUGGCCCGACAGCUCAGGACCAGGAGCUGGGCUACUUCCUAGAGACGGGCCUUCAGAGAGCCCAUGUCAUCCACUUCAAGAAUGGCAACCUGACACAAGGUGUGGGCAGAUUUCGAGAGAUUCUUCGGGCUAUUGAGACCAGAACCACCCAGAACCUACGAAUGACCAUAGCCAGACAGCUUGCAGAGAUCUUGCUCAGAGGAAUGUGUGAACAGAGUUACUGGUCUCCUGUUGAAGACCCACCCGUUGUGUCGCCCCUGGACGAUCCGACACGCCAAGGACACACUCAUAGCAAGAGCUACAGCCUAAGCCGACGCCCACGAGUGUACUCGGGAGAGAAUCUGUUUUGCCCUCAGGAGAACACAGAAGAAGCCUUGCUGCUGCUGCUCAUCAGUGAAUCCAUGGCCAACCGUGACGCCGUCCUAAGCAGAAUUCCCGAACACAACAACGAUCGGAUCAUCAGUCUGCAGUCGGCCUCGGUGGUGUAUGACCUGCUGACUAUAGCUCUGGGCAGGAGAGGGCAGUAUGAGAUGUUGUCAGAGUGUUUGGAGAGAGCCAUGAAGUUCGCCUUUGAGGAGUUCCACUUGUGGUAUCAGCUCGCCUUGUCGCUGAUGGCAGCAGGCAAAUCAGCUCGUGCCGUUAAGGUUCUCAAGGAGUGUAUCCGCCUGAAGCCCGAUGACCCCACCAUCCCGCUGCUGGCCGUAAAGCUGUGCAUCGGACCUCUGCACUGGCUGGAUGAAGGAGAAUGCUUUGCAAAGAUGGUGAUUGACAUGGGAGAGAAAGCAGCUGAAUUCAGAGCCAAAGGCUACUUGGCUAUAGGUUUGGUUUACAGCCUCAAAGCCACUGAUGCGUCAUUGCGGAGCACACAGGAGGAAUACCAGAGGAAAGCUUUGGGAGCCUUCCAGAGAGCUCAGAGUCUGUCUCCAACUGACCAUUUGGCAGCCUUCUACUUGGCGCUGCAGCUUGCCGUGUCCAGACAGAUCCCCGAGGCGCUAGGCUAUGUUCGACAGGCGCUGCAGCUUCAAGGAGAUGACGUCCACUCCCUUCACCUGCUGGCCCUGCUUCUCUCUGCCCAGAAACACUACCACGAUGCUCUCAAUAUCAUAGAGAUGGCUCUCUCCGAGUACCCCGAAAACUUCAAUCUGUUGUAUACCAAGGUCAAACUGGAGGCUAUGUGUAGAGGACCCGAAGAAGCUCUGCUCACCUGUAAACACAUGCUGCAGAUCUGGAAGAGCUUUUACAACCUUACCAACCCCAGUGAUUCGGGGCGUGGCAGCAGUCUGUUGGAUAGAGCCAUAGCAGACAGGCGACAGCUCAACGCUAUGACCCUGCCUGACUUCAGUGACCCUGAGACUGGUUCGGUGCACGCUACCUCCAUAGCAGCCAGUCGUGUGGAGCAGGCUCUAUCCGAAGUCGCCUCCUCCCUGCAGAGCAGUGCCCCCAAGCAUGGACCCCUGCACCCCUGGAUGACCCUGGCUCAGAUCUGGCUCCAUGCAGCUGAGGUGUACAUGGGCAUGUCAAAACCUGCUGAGGCCACGGCGUGCACACAGGAAGCUGCCAACCUCUUCCCCACGUCCCACAACGUCCUCUACAUGAGGGGGCAGAUAGCCGAGCUGAGGGGCAACAUAGACGAAGCCAAGCGGUGGUACGAGGAGGCCCUGUCCAUCAACCCCACUCAUGUCAAGACCAUGCAGAGACUGGGUCUGAUCCUGCACCAGCUGCAGCGUUACAGUCUGUCGGAAAAGGUGCUGAGAGACGCCGUGCAGGUCAACAGCACGGCUCACGACGUGUGGAACAGUCUCGGCGAGGUGUUGCAGGCUCAGGGAAACGCCGCUGCCGCCACUGAGUGUUUUCUCACCGCCUUGGAGCUGGAAGCCAGCAGCCCCAUCCUGCCCUUCACCAUCAUUCCCAGAGCGCUAUGAGAAAAACACACACACAGAGCAUGCCUGCAUGCCACUUCACAAACACACACACACACACACACACACACACACACACACACACACACACACACACACACACACACACACACACACACCCCUGUGAAAAGGUGAACUGCCAAACUCUCACACACACACAUAAACUCAGAGUGUAUAUAGAAAUGCAAAUAGUACAAAUAAACAGGCUUCCCUCUGUCUACCCGUGCUUCCCACAAUGCCUUUCUGUGGCCGUGUCCCACGUCUAAGUGAGUGUGCGUCUCCUUCCCGCGCUACGUGUCGUCUCGUUCGUCAGAUUCAGUUCGAGUCAUUACUCUCAGAAGCCUGAAAGUUGUGUUUACAUGUUGUUUAGUCCAAAUAUACACACAUACACUCUGAGCAAUUUUAACAUAAAUGGAUUAGAUUUCCUUUAAAAGCCAAAUAUGCAUUUACUUGGUACUGUUCACAUCGAUGCAACAGAAAACAAUCUUUCAAAAGUGGAUGCAAGCGCCAAAAUCUGUCCGUCCUGUUUUGUUUUUUGGUUUUUUUUUAAUGAUGACUUACUGAAUUCAGCAAGGUGAGAGACCACCAUACAAUUUAGAGCCACCAGUGAACCUGUUUUCAGUGGUUUCAUGCCUUUAUUUUUAAUCCCUCUCCAGAAUUGAAGCUAAAAUCUUGUUUUUCUACAGUUGACUUUGAGCAUCAUCUGUGACAGAAACGAGCACUGGUGCCCUGCAUCUUUUCUGCUUUCUGAUAAUUCAUCAGAUAAAACUUUUUCUAGUCUCUGUGUUCUGCCCUCACCUGGUUUAGUCAGUGGUAAAUAUUGCUGUAUGUAUAUGCUUGCUUGUUUGUUUAACACUACAAAAACUCAAUCCCAUUUUAUAUGCACACACAAACACUAUAGAUCAGCAGCAGAUCGAGCUGGGGUCAAACCACUGAUGAGUAUUGCCUUCACUGUACUGUAGCCCUGCACCAGUGUUAGCAUUGUUAAAAUUUGAAGACAGGAACCCACUAUAGUAAAUUCAGACUUCUGAGUGGUCAGUCGUGUUUGACUCGACACCAAGAUCAUUUUCCAAAAGUAUCUGUGCCACUUUUUGGUGCUUGUAUCCACUCAGGAAAGAUGCUCAUGUAAUGUUAUCUGCUGCACUGCAUGGAGGGGGAUCGUUGUUACUGUAUACCUGGCUCAGGAUCAGCCGGGUCUUUAAGGUAUCCAGCGGAGCAUCGACGGACUUUCACUGAGAAAUAAAUCGGUGUAAAUGCCAAACCUCGGGUUGCAUUCGCCCUCACGGGAAAUCUGAUUUCCUGCAGCUGAUCUUAAAGUGUUUUUAUGAAGUUUUAAAGUGAAAAAAGUCAAAGUGCCGCCUGGAGCAACUCAAACAGCAGCGACGUACGAUCUGCGGAAAACUGUUGGAAUCUGUGCCACAUCUUUCCUCCAGAAGUCAGAUUUCCUUGUUGAGCGCAAAAAUACACCCGCAGUGAUUGUGUCUUUGUGUCCCAUCACCAGAUUAAUAUUUUUAUUUUGUUUUUGAUUAUAAAUACAAAGAAUUAUUGCUGUAUAUUUGAUUGUUCAACAAGUGUAUCAUUAUUAUUAUUAUUUUAGAGAGUAAAUUAUAACUAUUUUCUGGAGAAUGAUGUUGCUGAGAGAGAGCGAGGUAUGAAAGGAUAUCCUCCUGAGCUCAGGCAGUGAGUCCUUUGUGCUAUAAAUGAAUGAUGAUGAAGACCAAGAUAAUAAAAGUGGAUAAAAAGAAGA